AUGCCCGUCUACAAUCUGCCCAUGAACAUUGAGCCGACGCUCUCCCAAACUGCAGACCUGGAACCAGAACAUGCGAGGCUUCGCGCAAAAGGGCACGUUUCUGACAUCAUGAACGAAAUCCUCGGGCCGAUGCCUCUCUUCGAAUUCAUCGACCACUUCCUCCCCGUCGUUCCUACUGCGGACGACCACUCCCACCGCCUACCGAGCAGAGACGCUUUCAAGCUCGUACCCUACCAAGCAAAGAGAGCCGCAGAUAUCUACGAGCCAUUGGUGCCUCUACCCGAACCGACGAGGUCACAUGAAGCCCCACGUUUGCUGCUACAAGCCGUCCAAUGCGACCGUCGUGCAAGGUCUUCGCGCAUCGACUUCGGGUACGCAGAGCUGUUCAUCGACAUCUGCCCCGACCCCCAACGAGACCUCUUCCACGACCCUCCCCCGGACGCGACCGAUCGGCACACGCAUGAACUGCUCUCAAGGUUGGCGGAUCGCCAGAAGUUCCUGUAUGUGCAAGACAUGUUCGGCCAGCAUGUCGCGUACGUCGUGGAGGUCUUCGCUCGACAGUCGCGACACUUCCUCUUCACUGUUGCUAUGCACGGGUCUCGUGUCCGCCUCCUGCACUGGGACCACGCCGGAUGCGUGGUCUCCGAAGCAUUCGACAUUCGUACCGAUCCCGACAUCCUGUGCGAGUUCCUGUGGCGGUUCUCUCAAGCUACAGACUCUGGUCGCGGGCACGACACCACAGUGGAGUACGCGCUGCCAGAGGAGGAGGGUUGGUUCCGGGACGGUAUCCGUGAGUACAUGUGGACCCAGCUCAACCCCGGGGAAGAUCUAGAGCACGCGGUCAAGCAGCAUUACGCGCCAGGACAGUUAUUCGCGACCAACAUCCUGUACGACGGUCUCAGCGCAGACGAAGGACACACACGAAGGUUCAUAUUCUCCCGUCCAGUAGUUUCGUCGCGUUGGCUGGCCGGGCCUGGAACGCGGGGCUACUGGGCAUACGAUGUAUGGACCAAAAAUGUUGUGUUCCUCAAGGACACAUGGCGGUACAGCACCCACGAGAUCGAGGGGGACAUCGUGCGGCGACUGUGGGAUAUCGGGGUACGAAAUGUGCCUUCUUUCGUGUGGCACGGGGACGUCUCGGGUUUGGAUCGAUAUCCGGAGCCCCCGCGCCCACUGGACCCAAUGAACGAUACGCUGGAGAAGGACAGUAGAAUCCACCGCGACAUCAGCACCGGAAACAUCAUCCUCGUGCGGGAGCCAAAUAACGAUAUUCGAAAGGGGUACCUAAUCGAUUGGGAGACGUCGUGCCGAGUGGACGAGCAUGGAGAUGCGGUUGAACCUGGGCGGGUGGGCACCUGGAAGUUUACGUCGAUCCGCCUCCUGGAAUGGGAUUGGGGGCUCGGUAUCAACCCCCGGCACACGUUCCUAGACGACAUGGAAUCCAUGCUUUAUGUGGUCAUCUACAGCGCAUUCUUGUGGCAACCGCACGACCUCCCCCGCCGCGUACUCGACUCGUGUCUUUUAAUGUUCAACUUCGAGUUCAAACACCCCGGAGGCUACAUCUUUGGCGGGACGUGCAAGACCUACAACGCCACGGGGCGGGACUAUACCAACGGCGUCGAAUUCGACAGCCUCGCUUUGAGGGAAUGGCUUGACGCCAUGAUGGCCUUCCACGCUCCUCUCCACAGCCACGGUGACGAGUUUCGGGGCAAGUGGACGGCGGCUCACGUGGACAAGUUUUGGACGGAUUUCCUUGCCACUCACGCGCUCGAGCCGUCGAAUCGCGCGGAACACGUGUUGGACCACAUCGACGAUUGCGAUACAAGAUCAAUGACGAGGUGGACGGUCGACUGGUCGCCGCGCCAUUCGCCGUCCUGCGAGCCUUCAACGGCGACCGAGGCCAUGAUGGCCGUGAAGGAACCAUCGAGCAAACGCCAACGAUCGUCAUCUCCAUCUGCGCAGCCGGCGAGGAAGAAACGGGCGAAAGCAGUGGGGUAUUCGGCCCGGUCGUCUUGCGUCGCAGUGCUCGAAUCCAGGAGCUACGGACAGGCCAUGGCGAAUUCUCGAGUCUAG